AUGGCGGAGUACGGUCUCUAUGGCGCUAUGGUGCGACACUCCUUGCCACUGCCAGAAACCAUUCUCAAGAGCGCAAAGGAUAAUGACAACGUCGCUCCUUGGCUUCUUGGUAUGCACCGCAAGUCGAUCGAGGCGGCGCAGCACCUCAAGGAGUCUGGGUCAGAACGCGAAGGGUCUGAAGCGGAGCCCGAGCGCGCACCUUCCGCCUCGCCACAUAGGCAUGACGUACAUGAUGGCCAGGCGCAAAGUUCACCUGGUAGCAGUACCACGGCGUCUUCUUCGGCGAAAGGUCGCGCUUCCCCAGACGGACGGGAACUGUAUGAAGACCCUGAAGCCUUCCGUAACAACAGCAUCGCCUGUCUACGGGCCAAAGCUCAGGAGCACCAGGCACGAUUGCUCUCCAAUAACCUCCUUCUGCAGAUGUAUGAGAAGUUCAGUGACUGUUCGCAGGUGCGUGGACUCCACCGGUCCAGCGCGCCGAGCGUCGACGAUGACGGACCCACUGACAUCGACGUGGGCACUGAACAGCCGCCCCACGAGACUGCUCGCCUCUACUGA